UGUGCCGGCUCGAGAUUGCAGGGAGGAUCUUUCUUCUUAUCCUGUCGCGACUCCUUCGAACUCGAUGCGGCACGCGGGCAGACCCAAGUGAGACGACAACAUCACGCUUUCCAUGACACCGGGUUCUGUUGCCGGAAAGGGAAACGAGCGCGUUGGAAGAUAAGACUCGGAUGCAACGCCGAACAAACAAAGCUGGUAUGGAGAGCACGCGCUGCCUGAACUGACUGGCCUGCUUCACGGGCGCAUCGGAAAGAUCUGCACGCUGCUUCGAACAAUCUGUUGGGGUGAAUCCCGAUGUACAUGACGUAUCUAGCUGCGACAUCUUACAGACGGAUGUCCGAUUCCGGCUCUCAAUUUGGACCUCAGUAAUUGCUACUGUAGUGUGCUGUUAUGAAUUUCCUGCUUACACUGACCACCUAUCAUGUCCGGGAUAAGCGAUGCCGUCUACAGAAUGGUCCACUAUCCCAAGAUCUUUGUCGUGCUGACGCAGGAGCAAGGUGAGUUACGACAAGCGUCGUUACAGGAUUCAAGUUGGACCGGGUGGACUUCGCAACUGGCUAAAUUGAUCCUGGCCAAUGAGACUGUGCAAUGUUAUCGCAAUUUUUAUAUAUAUCAACUCUCUGCGCAGAUUUCGAAGCUCACUGUGCACUUCGUGCCGUAUAAGGCCGUAUAUUGGGGUGCUUCGCUUGGACAUUGCUUACUGCUUUCGGAUCAUUAAAUGAUCGCCGGGCCGUGAUUCCCGAUCAGAUAUGGCAUCACACAUCAGUUUUCACGUGCAGAUCCUCCGGUCUCUCUCCCCACACACAUGUUUCUCCGACCAAAGCCAGUCUCAUCAAGCCUGCGUGCACUUCAGCGCGCCUACUCGAGCACGCCUGCGCCACAUGCACUUGUUCUUCUUGAACAGCGUCAAGGAGACAUCGACUCGGCUUCGCUAUCUGCAUUGACUGCUGCCGAGCAGUUGGGUGGACAAGUCACCGGCCUCAUCGUCGGCGCAGCCCAGCAUGUGGCUGGAGCCGUGGAGAAGGCCAAAAAACUGAAAGGCGUCACUGCACUGCUCCACUCUUCAUCGGCCCAAUACGCAGAGGCAUCGACCGAAACGGUCUCUCUUUUGCUAGAGAAGCUGCUUUCCGAGUCCUCUCCCUUCACCCAUGUCGUAUCCGCGCACACGGCAUCCGCCAAGUCACUGCUACCCCGUGUAGCAGCGCGGCUCGACCUCCCCGCCGUCUCCGACGUCACGUCUCUGGAGCACGACGCAGCCUCGAACAGCACGACAUUCACGCGCCCGAUAUACGCCGGGAACGCCAUCGCCACUGUUCGUGCAUCCUCCGCCGUUCCCAUCAAGUUCUUCACCGUCCGUUCGACGGCGUUCUCUGCCGCUACAUCCACAGACAGUGCUGCAGAGGACAAAUCGCUCGAGCCGAUCGAAGUCUCGGAGCCUCUGUCGGAGCACCUCCAGACGCUUCUCGCAAAAUCCGACCGGCCGGACCUGGGUGUUGCGAGCCGAGUCGUGUCCGGUGGCCGGGCGUUGAAGAACGCAGAGACUUUCCAGUCGACUCUGUACCCUCUGGCAGAUGCGUUGGGCGCUGCCGUCGGUGCCUCGCGGGCCGCGGUCGAUGCCGGCUAUGCAGACAACUCGCUCCAGGUCGGGCAGACCGGGAAAGUGGUUGCCCCGGAGCUCUACAUGGCCUUCGGUAUCUCUGGUGCUAUCCAACACUUGGCUGGGAUGAAAGACUCGAAGAUGAUUGUUGCUGUAAACAAGGCACGUCUCCGUCAGUGGGAAGGCGUAUCAAACUGACCAUGGUAUCGCAGGAUCCGGAUGCUCCCAUCUUC